GUCUUUGGUCUUCACUCUCCUCAUGCGCAUCACCGCAACCAAAUGUGAGAGAGUAAAUAGACUUCUCAUUCUUCUACAAUAGAGAAAAAAAGCAAAAAUGGCUCGAUCUUUCGCUAUCGCUGUGAUCUGUAUCGUUCUCGUCGCCGGCGUUACUGGUCAAGCUCCGACUUCACCACCAACCGCUACACCAGCUCCACCAACUCCAACAACUCCUCCACCAGCAGCUACUCCUCCUCCAGUCUCAGCACCACCACCAGUCACAACCUCUCCUCCUCCAGUCACUACCGCUCCUCCUCCAGCAACUCCUCCUCCCGUCGCAACUCCUCCUCCUGCUUCUCCUCCACCAGCUACUCCUCCUCCAGUCGCUUCUCCUCCUCCUCCCGUCGCUUCUCCUCCUCCAGCAACUCCUCCCGUUGCAACUCCUCCACCAGCUCCUCUAGCUUCCCCUCCUGCUCAAGUUCCGGCUCCAGCACCGACCAAGAAGCCAGAUUCUCCAUCUCCAUCGCCGUCUUCUAGCCCACCUAUUCCAUCGAGCGACGCUCCUGGACCUAGCACCGAUUCUAUCUCUCCUGCUCCUAGCCCCACCGAUGUAAACGACCAGAAUGGAGCUAGCAAGAUGGUUUCGAGCUUAGUACUUGGAUCUGUUCUCGUUUGGUUUAUGAUCUAAGUGUCGUCUUUUGUACCGGUGUUACUUGCAUUUAUUAUUAUGUCGUCUUUGUUUGUUCCACUGUAUUGCUUGGGACUGAAUUCUUUUGGGAUUUAUUAUCUUUCGGAGAGGAUACUAUUGAGAGCUUGAGAUGGAGAUAGCAGGACAUUUUGUUUGCAGAUACUUUUGUGGCUUCCUUUCUCAUUCCAUUUGAUUAUUAGUGU